AAACCUGUCCAGUGUCUUUGUCAAGAAAACUCCGAAUGGAAUCGCACAAUCAGACAACUGAAUAACAACAAAAUGCAUAGGAUUAUAAUGUUUGUUGACUUGACCUAGGCUUACAAAGGAAACGGGAAUUAUUUCUUCCACAUCACAAAUUUCACCAUCACAGCUUCAAUAUAUCCUGGGUUGGCAUAAGAAAUUAAAUGGGAAUUUUUUUGUGAGUUGUGUGAAAGUUGCAGAUGACACACAAAUUCCAGCAGAUGACAAAGAAAAGAUUUGUAAAUUCAGAAAUGCAUAAAAUAUAUGUAGAGUAUUGUAGAAUGUCAAAAUAAAGGAGAAGGAAGACUUCUUUUUUGAUACAAAUGGAAGGUCAAAAUUUUUACAUGAAUUUUCCAGAUUGUGGGAGUGUCACACCCAUAACUCCCCACAAUAUAGACCUCAUAUUAAAAAAGCUAUAAAAAUAUUGAAGACAUAAGUUUACAGAUCCAGAUCAAGAAUCCUAUUUUAAAGAGUUCUUUUCCCUCUGUUCUUGUUACAUUCCUCACCUCCUCAACAUCCUUGGUCUGUUCUCUUUCAUUUUAUGCCCAUCCAAUUCUACUUGCUGAAACCAAAAAGGCAAUGUAAAGAGCAGUUUGACUUUAUAUAGGUUGAGGAGAUAAGAAAGUGAAAACUUCAAGUCUCUAUGGUAUUUUGCUUUACUAGCUACAUUUCAUGGCCACAGAGUUUUUGAGGAGGCUCAAGAGGCUGCUUAGUAAAUGUUUGUAAAAUGUUUUUGUUUUUUGUUUUUUAAGAUGACCAAAUCACAUUCACCCUACAAAUCCUCAUUUUCAGUACCAUUGGGAUCUCGUAUGAUACAAAUCUUUGGGAAAACAAAAUUACUUUUACUAUAGUAUAGAAACCUGGAAUAAUGCAAGUUAAAAUUCUGUUACGCUUCAGACUUUUAUUGCCUGGUUAAAUAGCCCUAGACUAGAUUUUGCAAAUCAUUUAUCCACAUCUAAAGUCAGCCAGCUGUGCCUGGGCUAGAUGGAUGGGGGUGAAACUUAGGUAGUCAGUGGAGCCUCAGUUAUUUGUUUAUUCAAACAAUUUGACAGUUUGCAUUUUAUGUUGGACUGUCUUGGCUGGAGGGAUUCUGAUAGUCUUUUAUAUUUUCUGAUCCUGCUGUCCAGAAACUGAACCCAGAUUCAUCUGUCUUUGGACAAUUCUCUAAGGAAUUAGCUCAGUGAUUGGCAUAUAACAAGUCUUUAAUAAAUGCAUGUCUGGGAUGAUAGUACCCCCAAAUCUCGGGAGAUAGGGACAGGAAAGGAAUGUGUUAAAAAGUUUCCUGUGCUGGGAGUGUAAAAGCAGUGGAAUUACAGCUCACCACUCCUGAUUUGCCAUUCUACUGGAUUGUGAAAAGAUUAGACGGGCCAAGCAUUUGGGCUAGACCAUCUACAGAUCUAGUAGGGGAGUUCUAGAGGCUGUGCAGAUGUUCUAUCCCCAUUUAUAUGAUCUACAUUUCCUGAAGGUUACCCUUGCUGACCUUGCAACCCCCUACCAUUCCUGCUAAUUUAGACAGCUCAGCUUUCACAUAUCUCUGAGACUCAGUGAUUUCUCUGGAUAAAGAGGAAAAAGUCCGCUGGCUACUAUAGGCUACAUUCUUAAGAAGGCAAGCAGGGUGUUCAACCAUGUCUCUGGGAUGUUGCAUCCUGAAGAAUGCAGCUGUCUCAAACCUGGACGUGGAGAGUAAAUUGAGUAUCUACUACAGAGCCCCUUGGUACCAGCAAAGAAAUAUUUUCCUUCCUGCAACAAGGCCCCCCUGUGUGGAGGAGCUGCACCGUCAAGCUAGGCAAAGUCUGCAAGCUCUGCGAAAAGAACAACGGAACUGUGGGGAUCACCGAGGACAAAGAGUAACUAUUCCACUUUCUGUGGUGGCACCCCCACUUCCUUCUUUACCUGCAUCCUACAGUCAGAAGAGGUUUGAGCUUAAGGACCGACACUUUUUAGCGUUUCACAGCACCCGCUCAUCUUCCCCCAUUGAGUGUUGUCACAUGACCCCUUGGAGUAGAAAGUCUCAUCUCCCAGAGGACGAAGAUACAGAUGUCAUGUUAGGACAGAGGCCGAAAAAUCCAAUACAUAAUAUCCCUUCAACACUGGAUAAGCAAACCAAUUGGAGCAAAGCCCUACCUCUCCCAACACCAGAGGAGAAAAUGAAACAAGAUGCCCAAGUGAUUUCUUCCUGUAUUAUCCCCAUCAAUGUCACUGGUGUUGGUUUUGACAGAGAGGCUAGUAUACGCUGCUCUCUUGUUCAUUCACAAUCUGUACUACAGCGGAGAAGAAAACUGAGGAGGCGGAAAACCAUCUCUGGCAUCCCCAGAAGAGUGCAGCAAGAAAUAGAUUCUGAUGAAUCACCAGUGGCCAGGGAGCGGAAUGUGAUCGUGCAUGCAAAUCCAGACUUCUCCAGUAACAUCAAUAGGAGGUCGGGGACCAAGGACUCUGAAUGCCAGACUGAGGAAAUUCUUAUUGCUGCUCCAUCCAGAAGGAGAAUCAGAGCUCAGAGGGGCCAAAGUAUUGUAGCUUCUCUUUCUCACUCUGCUGGCAACAUUUCAGUGUUGGCAGACAACGGCAACACAAUGUUUACUACUGUGGCAAGCAGCCGCGUUCGAUCACGGAGUCUUCCCCGUGAGGGUGCUAGAGGCAGUGAUACUGAGCAUAACAUUGGUGCUAAACCCUCAGCCUAUGAAGAGGAGAGUUUUAUAGACAACAAGGAAAGGAUACCAAAUAAGGAUACAGAUGCCAUGAGUAGCCAAGAUUCACAGGAACACCAGCCCCCCUUGGGAUUAACCUGUUCUCAACACUUCCACAGCCCCCAGCACAAGUUAAAUGAAAGAGGGAGGUCAAGAUUGUCAAGGAUGGCUGAUUCUGGGAGCUGUGACAUUUCAUCCAAUUCAGAUACCUUUGGGAGCCCAAUCCACUCCAUCUCCACAGCUGGAGUUCUUCUUAGCAGCCACAUGGAUCAGAAGGAUGAUCACCAGUCGUCCAGUGGCAACUGGAGUGGGAGCAGCUCCACAUGCCCCUCACAAACAUCAGAAACCAUGCCUCCUGCUGCUUCUCCUCCACUGACUGGCUCUUCGCACUGUGAUUCUGAGUUGUCAUUGAAUAUAGCUCCUAAUGUCAAUGAAGACUCCAGUGUCUUUGUGACAGAAAACUAUAAUGAUCAUAUGGAUAAAGUAAGAGGCCACAGGGCAAGCUCCUUUACUUCCACUGUUGCAGACCUGUUAGAUGAUCCCAACAACAGUAAUAUGAGUGACAGUGAAUGGAACUACCUGCAUCACCAUCAUGAUGCCUCAUGCCGCCAGGAUUUUAGCCCUGAGCAUCCUAAGGCUGACAGCUUGGGCUGUCCAAGCUUUACAAGUAUGGCCACUUAUGAUAGCUUUCUGGAAAAAUCACCAUCUGACAAAGCAGAUACUAGCUCUCAUUUUUCAGUGGAUACUGAGGGAUAUUAUACCUCCAUGCACUUUGACUGUGGUCUCAAAGGUAAUAAGAGUUAUAUGUGCCACUAUGCAGCCACAGGUCCUGAGAGUAGCCAGGGCACUGGUGUUCCUCCUACCUUCUCAGAUUAUACCUGGCAAGACUAUCUAGAUCAAAGGAGGCAUGGAAGGCCAAGCAUCUCUUUCAGGAAACCAAAGGCAAAGCCAGCCCCACCAAAACGCAGUUCAUCUUUGAGGAAGUCUGAAGGAAGUGUAGACAUUCCUGAGAAGAAAGAACCAAAGAUAAGCAGUGGGCAGCACCUGCCUCACAGUUCCAGGGAAAUGAAAUUGCCUCUUGAGUUCUCUAACACACCUUCUCGAAUAGAAAGUGUUGGAUUAUCCAACAAACAAGAACAUUCCUGGAUGAACCAGAGUGACCAUGGAAUAAAGGAGUCUCAUUUGGACACUACAGAUAUUCCAUCAUUCAAAGAUGAAGGUGCUGAAUCAACUCACUAUGCAGAUCUUUGGCUUCUAAAUGACCUGAAAACAAAUGAUCCUUAUAGAUCUUUAUCCAAUUCUAGCACAGCUACAGGUACCACAGUCAUUGAAUGCAUCAAAUCACCAGAGAGUUCUGAAUCACAAACAUCCCAGUCUGAAUCCAGAGCUACUACUCCAUCCCUUCCUUCUGUUGACAAUGAGUUUAAAUUAGCUUCACCAGAGAAGCUGGCUGGCUUAGCAUCACCAUCAAGUGGAUAUUCAAGUCAGUCGGAAACACCAACAUCUUCUUUCCCCACAGCUUUCUUUUCUGGACCAUUGUCUCCAGGAGGUAGUAAGAGAAAGCCAAAAGUCCCAGAAAGGAAAUCCUCCCUUCAACACCCAUCUCCAAAAGAUGGAACUGUAUCUUUAAGCAAAGAUCUUGAACUUCCAAUUAUACCUCCUACUCAUCUUGACCUAAGUGCUCUUCAUAAUGUCUUGAACAAACCCUAUCACAACAGACAUGCAUUGCAUGCAUUUACUAAUUGUAAGCAGAAUUUGGUGGGAGAAACACUAAACUCUACUCCCUUAUCAUCCCUUGCAAUUACACCCAUGGUCCUAAAAUCUGUUAAUCUUAGGUCAGUUAAUAAGUCUGAUGAAGUGAAACAAAAGGACAAUGAUAAUACAGAACUACCUUUUUUACAAGAAUCUGCUGUCACAAUGGCUGCCUUGUCUCCAAGCAAAACAAGGCCACACAUAGCUAAGAAAUCAAUAUCACACCAGUAUUCCACGGAAGAUAUCAUUUUGUCCUUUAUUGAUUCAUCUCCAGUAGAUAUGGACCCUGAUAAAAUGCAUUUAGAAAAAAAUUCAGUUUUGAGAAUGAAGAAUCAUUGUGAUCAAGAAACUGUAGGUACCACUAAGAACUCAGCUAAUAACAAUCUUCUAGAGACUAAAGCCACAAAGGACCAAAUAUCAAUAGUCAGGGACCCUUUUCCAGAACACGUCCCAGGGAUAAACUGUGAUGUCUCUAUAGAACGAUUUCAGAGAGGUUCUAAUGGCAAAAUAUCAACUCAAGCUACUAGGCAAGACGGCAGUAUUGAGCAGGUACAGAAGGCGUUCUCUGUAGAUGGGGAGAACAUUGUACAAGCUAUAACUGGGGAUGAAAUCUCAUCCCUGUCUCUGUCUGAUUCAUCAACCAGAGCAGCAACAGACAUGGAUAGCCAACUUAAGCAUCACCUUGUUAUGAGCCACCACCAUGACAAAGUGCCUGGGCAUAGUUGCUAUGAAUCAGAGCUAACCACUGUAAAUUCACUCAGUGAAAAGUGUUCUGAGCAGGAAAGUGAUACUGCAUCAGGUAUUUCUACCAAAAGUGCCUCUGAUGACCGAAGGACAGAGGAGAUAAGAGCAAGUACAGAUGAGGUUUCAUUGAAAGAAUCUUCACCAAGUGAUGACUCCAUCAUUUCACCAUUUAGUGAAGACUGUCAGACUGAUGAUGAUGUUUUUGUGUCUCCAAACAAACCUCGAACAACUGAGGAUCUCUUUGCAGUCAUUCACAGAUCAAAGAGGAAAGUACUUGGAAGGAAAGAUUCUGGGGAUAUUUCUGUACGAAGUAAAUCAAGAGCCUUCCCUGGCAGUAGUAGCAGCAGCACUGUAUCCCCCAGCAACAUCCUAUCUCCAAACAGCAAUGUGCCAACUCCACCAAACAGCCAGAGAUCUCCUGGUCUUAUCUAUCGAAAUGCCAAGAAGUCCAACACCUCUAAUGAAGAGUUUAAGCUUUUGCUUCUCAAAAAAGGCAGUCGUGUUGAUUCCGGUUACCGGAUGUCUGCCACUGAAAUCCUGAAGAGCCCCAUCUUGCCCAAAUCCCCUGGUGAGCUCCCUAUUGAUCCUCCCCCAAGCAUGGAUGAGCCUCCCCAGGUGUCAUCAGGGGCAGAAGCAUUGUCCCCUCUCUCUCCGUGCUCCCCAAGAGUUAACGCAGAAGGUUUUUCCUCUAAGAAUUUUACAAUGUCAGCUUCAUCUAGGGUUGGACGUUCCCGGGCACCCCCUGUGGCCAGCAGCAGCCGUUACAGUGUCCGUUGCAGGUUAUACAAUACACCCAUGCAAGCUAUCUCAGAAGGAGAGACUGAAAAUUCAGAUGGCAGCCCUCAUGAUGAUAGGUCGUCCCAGAGCUCAACAUAAGCUAUAUCAUCUAUACACACAGCCUCACUGUUGAUUAGAAAAUAUAUUAACACUGAAAGCAUUUGGCUUGCACAAGGAUGUAACAAAUAUAACAGAGAACUCAACAGAUAUGUGGGGAAGUAUUAGUGCUUAAGCUCUGUAAUCUUUUAACUUUGCAUUUUCUAUUAGAAACAUAUGCUGUCUUCUAUAUCUAGAUCUUUAGCUUCAUUUGGUUUAUUCUAAUUUUAUUCUUAUUAAUAUAGUUUUUAAAAAUCAAAUUUCCAUGAAAAGAAAGGGAAAAAAUCCUUCUUAGCUGCCCACUUAGGAAAGAAACUUCUUCAUUGUUGUGCUUCCCUAGAGAGAGAUGAAAUGACUCUUAAGGAUUGGUAUUUUUCUACAUUAAAAUCAACUGAAACAAAGUUUAAAAGAAAUUAACUAAACAUAUGUAAAUACCAUAUUUUUGAUAAAAAAAAUGUAAAUAGUACUAUUAGAGAAGAGUGGACAUGUGGCAAAUUAUUUACUGCAUACUGUUUAUUGAAGACAAAAAAAAAGUCAUAACUGUAUUCUGUGAAUACCAUUUUCAUAUCAAACAUCAUGUUUAAAUAUCCACCAAUAUGGCUUUCAGAAUGAUAAUCAAGCCUCAAAUCUGAAUUUUUACAUUCUUGUUAACUUAAAAUGUUAUGAAUUUAAUGCUAACCAUUUACCUUGUAAACUUCAGCACCAAACAAGCUCAUAGCAAAGCAUAGCUGUGAUUUACCAUAUGAUAACUGGUAAGAAUGGGAAGCAUGCUUUUAAGUUUUUUAAACAAAGAAAGGAAGUCAUCAUUCUCAAUACAAAGCCCUAAGCAAAAGCAUUUGACAGUGUCCUUUAACCAUUUAUUUUUUAAAUGAAUUGCUUUAAUAAAAAUGAGCAGGGGGAAUAGAAAACAAUUUUGUGUUAUGUUUUAUAUUAGGCUACUGAAGUACAAAGAAUCAGAAUUUAAUUACUAAUAUUUAAAUGUUUUAGAAAAUUAGUUCCAAGUUCUUAAACUAAUAAUAUUAAAAAAAAAAUGUAAGCAUGCAAUGGAGCUGUUGAUUUAUCAGUAAGUAUCUGCAAUGAGUUUUCAGUGAAGCUUUCUUUUUGUGCUGAUGAGAUUCAUGCUACCUAAAUAUUAACAGAAAUGACACUGUGAAAAAUGUAGCUGGGAAAUAGGUAUGUAUAUGCAUUAUUUAUAUUCAUUGUUAAACAGGGAAUGGGGGAAAGCUCUGGUUCGCAAUGCUACAUACAACUUUGGUUUUACUAUAACUGCUUGGUGGGGUAGAGGGAGGGUGGUGGGUGGGAUUGGAAAUCUAUCAGAGUAAAUGCUCUGAUAAAAUGAAGGCAGGGAAACAAGCUGAAUUACUUGAAAUUACUUGAAUUUUCUUGUCUUAAAACUGAAAGAAAUAUAGUUAGGAGUUGAAAUCUACAAAUAGUUUUACACCUUUGAUUUUAACAUUAGCUGAAACUAAUGUUUGCAAUUAUUUGUCAGAAAUGUAAGUGGUUACUAUUACUUAGAAUAUGCUUUGGAAUGCGAGAAGGUAUAGUGCAGAGUAUUGUUUGAGAAAGGACAUGGCUUGUAAUAGAACAAAAUGAUAAUAGGGUCACAAUGAAAUCAAUAAGUAGUUGGCUUUAAGCAUACGUAAAUAAAUGGUGAUUAGGGAAGUAGGUUGAGUGAAAGGGGUUUUAUUACUUUGGUUCAAUUCAUGCAAUGCAUAGGAAAGACCAUCAAAGAUGAAAGGUAAGGUUGUUAAAAAGAAAGUUAUCUAAACUGUUAGAGAGUUGUUAGAAUAAGUUAGGAGACUAGGAAUGUUGAUUGGUUUUGCUUUUUUUUUUUUUUUUUUCCUGGAAAGAAAGAAGAACCUUGAUCUCAUCUACUGUUUAUUACCAAAAAGUGUUUUAGAGUUUCUUGCCAACAUUAUAUGAAGAAUGAUUAUUCUUUAUAUAUGUGUGUGUGUAUAUACACAUGGAUAUACUUUGGGAAGGAAAAAUAAUUGACAAAAGAUAUCAGUGGGGCAGUAUCUGCAAAGUGUUAAAAAAUUUUCUAAAGGAUAAAUGAAUUGAUGUUUGAAAAUCGACCCUUAUCACUCAUGGAAACAUACUAGCUGAAAAAAGCCUCAUCUGAUACCAUACUAGGAAUAUGAAUGAUUUGGUCUAGCAUUCUGAAAAGUACACAGUUGACACAAAUAAAAAUGUUUUUAGAUAAAUGUGACAAGAUGACUGGAGCAGUCAUUUGCAGUCUUCUUAGGUUAUUUUUCAUAAUAUUUUUAAUAGCAGUUAAUUUGCAGCAUGGUUCUUUAGCCUGAAGAAAAAAUGUAUUAUGUGUGCUUUAAAAGUAAUUCUAAAAUAUACCCUGAAUAAGAAAUGUCAGAAUUGGCUUUAAUAAAAUGUCACCUUUUUAUUAUUGACACAAAUUUAAUUGAUUAAUGGUACCACAUAUUUUAAAACAAUUAUAUUGACUUGAAUUGUGAGGCAAUAAGGUAUCUUUUAUAUGUAAUAAUCACAGAACACUUAUAAUUAUAGUUUUACUUAUUUUGUUUAAUCUAUGAUAAAGUUUCUCUUUUUUAUAUUUCAUAGAUUUAAAAGCCCAAAUAGAUAUUGAUUAUAAAUCCACUAUAGAAAAGAAUAUCCAGUAUAAAAACAAGUGAGGGAAAUUUAAACACACAUACAAAAAAAAAAAAAAAGAGAGAGAGAGAGAGAAAAUUUUAAUGAUAUGGAGUAUUUUACAUGGCUUUAAAGCACUCAAGAUAAAAUUUGAGAACUGACUAACAUCACUGCCAUUUUGAAGCAGGGUACAUGCAUUAAAUAAUGUAAGAAACAUCAUUCCAAACUUUUGUUCUGUCGUUUGCACUGAUGUUAUUAAAAUGAUUUUGAAAUUUA